AUGGGCUGGUUUUCUGUUCCUGCGCUCUUAACUUGGCUGCUUCUUCAGGUGGUCUGGAGUCAGCCUGCUCUGGAGACAACUGAAAUAGAUUUGGAUGGAGAAAUUGAUCAAGACAUCUUUGACAUCAAUGAAGCUUUAGGACUAAACCUUUUUGAGGGAGACAUCAAACUUGAUGGGGUGAGACUGCAUAAUUAUUUUCUUUCUCAGGAACGAAACUCCAUCAUUGGUGACAAGUAUCGGUGGCCUCACAUUAUCCCCUAUGUCCUUGAUGAUAGCUUGGAAAUGAAUGCUAAGGGUCUCAUCCUCAAGGCAUUUGAACAGUAUCGACUAAAAACCUGUAUUGACUUCAAACCUUGGGAAGGGGAGAAGAAUUACAUAUCUGUCUUCAAAGGAAGUGGCUGCUGGUCCUCAGUGGGAAACCAACAAAUGGGCUUGCAGGAGCUCUCCAUUGGUGCCAACUGUGACAAGAUUGGGACGAUUCAGCAUGAGUUCCUGCACGCCCUGGGAUUCUGGCAUGAGCAGUCACGGUCCGACCGGGAUGACUACGUGUCCAUCAUGUGGGACAGGAUUCAGUCUGGUAAAGAACAUAAUUUUAACAAAUAUGAUGACAAAACAUCUGACUUCCUGAAUGUCCCCUAUGACUAUGCUUCUGUGAUGCACUACAGCAAAACUGCAUUCAAGAAUGGAACUGAACCCACCAUUGUCACUAACAUACCAGACUUCAUGGAUGUAAUAGGACAGCGAAUGGAUUUCAGUGAUUAUGAUCUCCAGAAACUAAACCGGCUGUACAAUUGCUCCUCCUCCUUAACUUUCAUGGACACGUGCAGUUUUGAACUUGAAAAUGUAUGUGGCAUGAUUCAAGGUUCAGAUGAUAACAGUGAUUGGCAGCGUUUGUCACAGGUUCCUGCUGGGCCAAAUACCGAUCACACUAAUAUGGGAGAUUGUGAAGAUUCUGGCUACUUUAUGCAUUUCAACACCAGCGCUGGAGUAGAGGGAAGCACAGCUAUCCUGGAGAGUCGAAUUCUGUAUCCCAAAAGAGACUUUCAGUGCUUACAAUUCUAUUUCUAUAACAGUGGUCAUGAAAGUGACCGUCUGCGUGUCUGGGUCAGGGAGUAUACGUCAGCCCAUCCAAAUGGUACUUUGAGAUUCAUUGAAGAAAUAAAAGGUUCACCUGCAACUUACUGGCAGCUCCAUCAUGUUUCUUUGAAUGCCACACAUAAAUUCCGGGUUGUGUUUCAAGGUGUGAGAGGAAGUGGCUCAUCAAAAGGAGGCCUCUCUAUUGAUGACAUCAAUUUGUCAGAAACUCAGUGUCCCCACCACAUCUGGCAUAUCAGAAAUUUCACAAGUCUCCUCAACACAACACCAGCAGGGGCAGCAGGAAGAAUAUACAGUCCACCUUUUUACUCUAGUGAAGGAUAUGCUUUCCAGAUCAGCUUGUAUGUAAAUGGUACUGCUGACAAUCCGUUUAAUUUAGCAAUAUACUUGCACUUGAUUUCUGGAGCAAAUGAUGAUCAGUUGCAAUGGCCCUGUGCAUGGCAACAAGGUACCAUGGUUCUGCUUGACCAGCAUCCUGAUAUUCGUCGGCGGAUGUCAAACCAAAGAAGUAUAACAACUGACCCCCGGAAAUUAUCAGAUUCCUCCUCAAAUUAUUUUUGGGAUAGGCCAGAUAAAGUGGGGUCUCUAGCAACUUUUCCGAAUGGAACUACGUUCAUGAGAGGUCAAGGAAGUGGAACAAGUGCAUUUUUAACUCAUCAGAGACUUAGAAGCCGCAACUUUAUUAAAGAAGACAGUGUUUACAUUCUUCUAACAAUGGAAGAUAUAUCACAUCUACUAACAACUCAGCCAAAUGCUACACCCACCUUUGCUACGAGUACACUCACUGGCCACACCAUCAAACCUACCUCUAAUGCCACUGCCACCACCACAACACCCACCACAACAGCCUCUGUCACCAUAACCCAAAAGCCAGAGACAGAAGUUCCAGAUUCCUGUCCAGACAACCCUUGUGAAAAUGAUGGUGUGUGUAUUAUUAUAAAUAGGGCACCAGUGUGCAGAUGUCCAGCAGGUGAGGACUGGUGGUACAUGGGAGAAAAGUGUGAAAGAAAAGGCUCAACACGAGAAAAUACUGUAAUAGCUGUUUCUUCAACCAUAGCUGUAUUUGUUGUAAUGCUUAUUGUCACUAUCACAACUGCAGUGUGCCUUAAAAAGAAAUACAGCCAUGGACAGAAAAAUAGGGAGACACUGUCUCUAGAAGAAUAUCGCAGUCAUCUGGUGGACCAGGACUGGGUGGGCUAA